GUACCUUCACCCUGACCGAGAAGCCCGGGCACCUCAGCGACCUUUGCCCUCUCCGGGAGGUUCAGUGCCCAGAUUGCGGGGCCUCCAUGAAAGCUGACGCGCUGGCCGCACAUCAGGAGGAGCACUGCACCAGCCGCAGGAUUCUGUGCACCCUUUGCGGGGAGCAGGUCAUUGGCACCGACAUGAUGGCGCACUUCGAGAGCAGCCCAGGCAAGCACUUUGUGGCCUUGCUGGCGAAGGUCAGCAGCCUGGAGGCUGAGGUCACACGGCUCAGGGCCGAAAGGGGCUGA